AUGAAGGACUUCACCGAAAUCACGCUUUGCCCCGAGGCUCUGGAGCGCAGCAAGACUGAGUUCUGCAACCCCGUCUUUGAGGGAGAGGAGCCCCUGGCAGUGCCUCCAGCUGAGCAGCCAACAGACGAGGAUGGGGUGGGAGCCACAUCACCCCAGGAUGCCCUCGGCCGGCAGCUCUGGGUGCAGGCGGGCUGGCAGUACCGUGCCGACUGCAGGUUCACCUGGCUCUGCGUGGCUCUGAUGAGUGCUGUUCUCCUCUUCCUCAUCGCCCUCCUGCUGGGCAUCGUCAUCCACCAGCUGACAUCCCCGCCACCACCUCACUCCCUGGCUGCAGCCCUGCCCGCCCGCAGCACCGCCACCACCACUGUGGCACCCAGCCAGAGAGACCCCCAGGACCCCAAACCCUCCCCCCCAACCCAUGGCCGACCACCUGCAGCCAGCACUCCGGCACCAGCGUGCGGUGGGACCCUGCGUGGCCCCGAGGGCUCCUUCAGCUCCCCCAACCACCCCAACCCCUACCCACCCCAUGCUCUCUGCAUAUGGCACAUCGAGGUGGCAGCUGGCAUGGCCAUCCAGCUGACAGUGGAUGUGUUCAGCGUGGAGGGCACCGCCUCCUGUCUCUUUGACCGGCUGGAACUCUAUGAGGAGCAGGGGACCCGGGGGGGCACUGCCAGGUUCUGUGGCAGCGUGGUCCCCCCAACCUUCAACAGCAUCUCCAACCACCUGCGUGUCACCUUUGUCUCCGAUGGCAGUGUGGGGGCACCAGGCUUCAGUGCUCGGUACCGUGCUGUGGCCCCCAGUGAGAGUGAGUACAUCAUGUGGGUUGGCCUCAAAAUACCCAGGGGUAUGGAUGUGGGUAUGGGUAUGGAUGUGGAUGUGGGUAUGGAUGUGGAUGUGGAUGUGGGUAUGGAUGUGGGUAUGGAUGUGGAUGUGGAUGUGGGUAUGGAUGUGAGUAUGGGUAUGGAUGUGGAUGAGGGUAUGGAUAUGGUUAUGGGCAUGGAUGUGGAUUUGGGUAUGGAUGUGGAUUUGGGUAUGGAUUUGGGUAUGGGUAUGGAUGUGGAUGUGGGUAUGGAUGUGGGUAUAGGUAUGGAUGUGGAUGUGGGUAUGGAUUUGGGUAUGGGUAUGGAUGUGGAUUUGGGUAUGGAUGUGGAUGUGGGUGUGGAUGUGGGUAUGGGUAUGGAUGUGGAUGUGGAGAGCUGUGCGUGGGAUGAGCACUUUUGUGACCAGGGGCUCUGCAUCCACCUGGGCUUUGUCUGUGAUGGGUUCCACGACUGCGAGGAUCGGAGCGAUGAGGCCAACUGCAGUGUGAAGCACAAAGAGUGUGGGGGGCCGCUGACUGCUCUGGAGGGGCACUUCUCCACCCCGAGCCACCCCCAGCCAUACCCACACCAGCAGCUGUGCCUCUGGCAGAUCUCCGUGCCCCUGGGUCACAUCAUAGACCUGCACUUCCACAACUUCAGCCUGGAGUCACACGAGGACUGCAGCUUUGACUUCGUGGAGGUUCACGACAGUGCAGGCACCGGGACUGCCAGCCUCAUGGGCAGGUUCUGUGGCCACCAGCUGCCACCCGACCUGACCUCGUCACGCCACGUCAUGACAGUCCUCUUUGUGGCAGAUGAAGGAGUAGCAGACACUGGAUUCUUUGCCACCUACCAAGCCCGCAAUGCCACAGAAAAGACCUGCAGCCCUGCAGAGUUUUCCUGUGGCAACGGCGAAUGUCGGGCGCUGGAGUCCGUGUGCGACGGCUGGCACGACUGCCCCGAUGGCACCGAUGAGCUGAACUGUACUGGGGUCUCCUACCCUGCAUUUGGCUCCAUCUGCGAGCCGGUGGAGGUGGAGAUGUGCCUGGGGCUGGGCUACAAUGCCACCUCCUUCCCCAACAUCUGGCUGGCCAUCCCAGACCAGGCCGGAGCUGCCGAGGUGCUGCAAGACUACCAGACGCUGAUGGAGCUCGCCUGCUACCAGCACCUCCGCCUGCUCAUCUGCAGCCUCUUUGUGCCCAAGUGCACACCAGAUGGGGGUGUCCUGCAGCCCUGCCGUGCUGUCUGCCUGGCUGCUGAGCUGCGCUGCCAGCACUCCCUGGGUCUCCUCGGCAUCCUCUGGCCCAUCAACUGCAACAUCCUGCCCGACUCCAACGACCCCGUGGAGUGCUUCCAGCCCUGA